AUGAUUGUCGCGUUAACUCCAUUCGAAGCGUUGUGUGGAUUUCGGCCCCUGAAAGAGAUUGCUCAUUUUCUUUCUUGUGUACCACCGCUACGAAAUCUCAUCAGUGAUGCCACUGCUAUGGAAGUACAGUCCGCCUGCGACAGCGCAGGAUAUGAGUAUGGUCAAAAAAGCGCUGGAAUAGCGCUUAAGAAGGCCUGGUCAGAGCUACUUACCGCGCAUCCAUCACGAAUCCGAGCGUGUGCAGAAGACUUGAUCCGCUUCGCGAGUAGCAGACCAAGCAAUGGAUCUCUGGCGGUCGAGCAUGGCAAUCUCACUGAUCUUAUCCUCCAAUUGAGUCAGCAUUACCCCUAUGAUGUUGGGCUUUUCGCUGUCCUAUUCAUGAACCACGUCUGCCUAAGCCCCGGGGAAGCUUUAUUUGUGAGAUCUAAUGAACUUCACGCUUACCUAAGUGGCGACGGCAUCGAAUGCAUGGCCUCAUCGGCGAAUGUGGUACGGGCAGGGUUCUCACGGAAAACCAAGGAUGUCGAUACGCUCAUAUCGAUGCUCACAUAUGAAUACCUGCCACCCUUCGUUGUAAGAACACCCACUCCCUAUUUGCUGGUGGAAAUGAGUUCUCGGCAAUCCACAUCGGUAUUAUAUGUAUCACUCGCCGAAGAGUUUAAUAUCAUCAAAACUUCCCUAGCGCCCCAGUUUGCAACGGCGAACUUCCGAGCGUUUCAUGGCCCUACAGUCCUGAUAUGCACCCAGGGAAGUGGGAAGAUUGGCGUAGGAGACCAUACCGAACCGAUUGAGUGUGGUCACGUCUUUUUCGCAGGCGCUGGGAAGGAGAUCUUUAUCCAGAGCAGAAGUGAGGAACCGUUAAUCCUGUUUCAAUCCUUUUGUGAGAUUGAGGAGUACAACUCCACAUUAUAA